CCGCUAGUCGCACGAUAACAACCGCCCGAACGCAACGCCGCGCCACCGUCGCCACGUAACGAUCAACGUCGUACACCUACCGAACCUCCUAACCUAACCGUUUACACACAUCAAAAGUCCCAAAUACGGGUACAAUUAAUUUAUCCGGUAUAAACCACGUAUACCCGUGUCGGGGUAACGCAUAAUACCCACACGUCCUGUCUACCAACCGUGGUUUGACUUCCGGUCGUGCAUGUGACCGGUGACAUGUGACCGUUGGAAUCCGCACUCCCGUCGGCUGAACGAGACGAAUUUUGUUGUUAUCGACAACAUAAAAACAAAAAAAAAAACAUCCAAAAUUACCGCAGGGCGCAGAGGGUGCCGAAUACCUUUCCGGUCUCCCUGCCGCCACCGCGAUGCACAACAUAUUGGAAACUAUUGUCGCCAUUGUAGCGGGUACGUAUUAUUAUUACUUUUUGACGGUCUUUGAAACCGCUCCUUCCCACCCCACUAGUAAGUGUAAGUCGCAGUUUUUUCACUGGUGUGGACACGUAAAAACCGCGUUGCAUUUUACUAGAAGUGGCGUAAACUUAAAUAAUAUCAUAAGUGAAUCUGACGAAAUGAUAAAAGACUUCUACGUUCUCCCCCAUAUAUAUGUGUAUUAGAUAUUAAAUAAAUCGUCUUUUGCAAAAACAGUUCAGAUUAAGUCAACUAAUUCUUCUAUUCUAAUACAUAAUUUUUAUAUUCAGUUAUCCAACGCUCACCUAGCUGACCUAUAGUGACUAUAGCCACAAACCCAUCUAGUUAAAAAAAACCUAAGUCUUCAGACUCGCCGAAUUAUCCUAGCGCUGCUACUGUAUAUUACUCUAGUCACCACCCAAUACAAAUACGAAUCACCACACCCAUUCUCAACGGACGUCCAAAAUUGGUCACAAGUUGUUUCCCAUGGCCGAGUAUUCGAAUUUUUCGCUUCCCAAAAACAAUUAUGUACUGCUACUCAAAAUGAACAUCGAGAUCGGUUUUAAGGAACUCAUGUAUCUGUAUAUUAACAUAUUUACUAUAUAGAUAUUAAAAUCUAACGGAAAUUUCGGAUUUUUUUUUUUAUGAAGGGGCAAACUAAUUCUGUUUGCGUAAAAUCUACUAUACCUACCAAUCGAGAGCGAUUAAUACACAAUAGGAAACGUUCUUUUUUUGGUUACGAUAAAAUUCAGGGUUCAUUGAUAAGUGAUUCGUAUAUACCUACUAUGUAAAAAAAAAAUAGUAUCUACCUAACAGCUUAAUCUCGUGAAAUGACUACCGAAUAGGAAUGCGUGAUUCGAUCACGGUGACGUUAAAACAGUAUCAGCGUUUUUAUUCUAUGUUUCUGCGAUGAAUGUGAAUUCGUUCUAAUAAUACAUUAUAACGUCAUCGUUCCGGUCAGUUCAAAAGUCCGGUAAUCGUGUAUGUGACAAUCGUACCGUGCAUACGAGUUAACAAUUAUAAUAUACAAAUAUUAUUAACGUCCUACAUAAUAAUAUUAUAUACUAUCAUUUUUAUCACAGUCCGCGUUGUCCUUUAGACCGGGAGACCUUUAAACUACCUAUAAUAAUAAUAUUAUAACGCGAUUGUUUAUACGCACAGUAUUACAUUAUUAUGUUUUAGACCAAUUUUAACGAUAACGUUAUAAUAUUAUCUCGCAUUAGGUAGGUACCCAACUAUUUUGCUAUUAACAUCGACGUGAAAACUGUUAGGAUUUGAUAAUAAUAUACGUUCGUAUUGUCGCUAUUAUUUCCGCGGCAACGGAAACGUCGUCAUCACCCGUUGACUUUUCCGAUUGUUUUAACAACAUUAUGUUUUUUUACAUAAAUGUUUGAUCGCUAUAAUGUGUCGUUUGUGGCGUACUACGCAUAGAUAAUAGACGGUAAGCGCAUGCGCAUGCACUACUGAAACCUACUUGAACCUUUCUGAACGGCGCAGCGAUCGUACAUUAGUAAUCACAAAUACGUCAUAAUAUGUUUUGUACAUAACACAGUUAUACAAAUUGGUUUUACGUAUUUAAACAAUAAAACAAACGAACAUCUUCGCACGAUGGGUGGGCAAUUGUUGCGGGUGAGCAGUUGGGAACUUAAAUGCAUAACUAUACGCAACGAUUAAUGGUUGCUAACCAAAAACGAUUCUGAGCGGAGUUCGGUUACACAUGUUUUGAAAGCCGUAAUAUUUGCGAUUUGAUAAUAUUAUACAUAUUUCGUACAUUUUCCCUUUUUUUCUGGUUUUUCCCAUUUAUUUAUUUAUUUAUUUAUUAGCUUACAUAUAAGCUCCUGGAAAAAUCAAAAAAUGACCUAACCAACCAAUACAUUUCUCGCUUCGCUCUUAAAUCUUAAAUCAUUGUUUUAAUUAUCUGAUCUUUUUUUAUCUUUUUAGGUUAUCUAGAUAAUUGAAAAUUAUCUUAAUUAUUUUUUAUCUUUAUUUUAUAUAGUAACUUACUGUAUAUCUAUAUCGCUCAACUAAAUAAAACAAUUAGUUAUCUGUGCUAACACUGCACACCUGGAACGAAAUUCCACUUUUCGGCCGCAAGGCCAUUGUAGUUAUAAUUGCUACUAUUAUUUAUAAUCAAAUAAUAUUCUCGAAUUUGUUUGGUCUUUAUUUUACACACAUUUUACCAGCCCUCCCCCCCCCUCCAUUAAACAGUUUUAAAUUUUGUUUACGGCAAUCAGCAUGAAUUUACUUAAAAAUUACGGCGAUAGACGUGAAUUCGUACUCACUACGUGCUAAAUAUUUGCAUAAAAAAUGUUCGAAUAGGGGGAGGGAAAGCUGAUGCAAUGUCAUUUUUUUGAUAAGUUUUUUUGAAACUCAAAUUUGAAUGGCAUAAAAAAACAUAUUUAUUCGAACUUUGCUCAGAAUCGUGUUUCGUCAGCAAUGAUUUAUCAUUACGUACAAAUAUAAUUUAAAAAACAUUGGCACAAUACACAUUUUUUUUCUACAAAAAAUCUUGCUCUAAUCAUAAAAUGAAAGACUUUUUUUGUUGCUCUUAUGGAUUUAGUUGAUGCAUUAGAUCACAUUUAGAUUUUCCUUGUAGUAUUUCUAAUAAUUCAGACCGGAAGAAAGCACAGGAAAAACGGAAAAAUGUAUGGUUUUAUUUCUACUUCUGUCGCAAUUCGAUAGUAAAUAAUCUUUCCCGUGUAAACCGGACGAAAUUUUUUCUGUCGUGUCGUACAAAUGUGAAUCGUGCUUUAUUCUUUAAAUUAAAAAGAUGAUCGUAAUAAUUAAAAUAAUUUAUUGCGUAUAAUAUUACCGCUUAAAAUAUAUGCCACUUUUUAAACCACCCACCACCCACCACCACCACUUCUUUGAAACGCUGACGUAGCUGUGUCAAAAUCGAGUCCUUCAGUACGCCACUGUUAAGAAUGAUGACCAACGAGACCGUCGUAUUCGGUUGCGGCGCUGAAAUGUCUAGUGAUUCUUAUACAUCAUACGGUACCAAUACCUACGUUUUAAAAUUAUAUUUUUCUAUUAUAAUAAUUUGUAUAUGUUUGCGAUUCAUACUGUUUUCGGUACCUAGCGUUUUCAAAACGAAAAACAAUUAAACGGCUAAUAUACACAAAUGGAAUAGGAUUUUUUUUUUUUCUUUGAAAUAAUUUUCUGACGAGUAUAAUAUAGAGCGAAUUAAGGUCAAAUUGUUUUUUCCUCCCCAAACGCACGAUUCACUCAUUAAACAUUUUAAAGCACCACUCGUGACCAAUAUGCAGUUUAUUUAUUUUAAACAGAUAAUUGCUGUCGGGUAGUCCGUACACGUGGUACCUAUAUGAAAAAAAAAUACAACAUACAGAGUGUCUUUAAAUAUGUGUUUUAAAUUUUUUUCCGUAGGGAUACUUCUACUGUGCGGCUACCUCGAUCCUGCCUUCUUGAAUCCUCUACGUUUUUCCAUUUACUUAUUGUAAUAAACUGAUUACGGGUCGUAAAUAUGUUCAUGUUUUUAUAAUAAUAUAAUAAAAAAGUUUUUCCGAACUGAACGAUUUUAAUUACACUACGAAUUCUUGUCUCACAAACUACAGUGGUGCAUUAUUAGCAGAGGCCUAGGAAUACCCCAAAAAAAAGCUCCCAUCUCAGAAAAAAUCUCUUUAAAAAAGUUAACUAACACCUACAUCAUGGACGAAAAUAAAUGUAUAAAAUAUGUUUAUGUGUUUUAUUUCAAUUCGAUUUCUCAUCGGAAAAAUAUUUCCUGUCGCACCGCUAAUUACCAACGUAUAAAAAUAUAGUUUCAUUAAUCUUGGCCUAAAUAAUGCACCAAUUAUCAUUUUAUAAACCGCAGUCGUAUGCGUACGAGACGUUAUAAGCUUAUCAGCCCAACGUAACUAUGACAAGGGAGCAACUGCUCCAGGGUACCAAAAUCGUAAUUGUGAUUUGUUCGUCGUUAAUGAUAGGUACUUAUGUCAUACUUAAAACGAAUCAUAUUAUAAUGUACCUGUAAUAAUAGUAUGUAUGUAUUUUGAAUUUGAAACGUGAAUGGGAACAAUUGUAAUUGAAUUUUGUAAGCUUUGGAGACGAUGAGGUGAUGAUUGUUAUUCAAUGUUGAACAUAUUAUUACCGUAUUUCGUAAAUUGUUAUAACCGGUAAUAACAGAAAUUACAAAUCGUACAAAAAAUGUCGACGUACCUGCAGUGUGUAUCGCAAACAAAGUCAGUAAUAAUCGAAGCGAUAUGAAUAGGGGGGAGGGGGGGGGAACGGCAAAAGGACAAUUACGUUUGAAAACGCUUACGGAAUUCAACGGAACUCGUGCGAUUCUUUCGGGUUACCGCGGACGCCCUGUAUACACGUGAAAACCUAUACGCAUAGGUGCAGGUUUUAAACGCCGUUUAUUUCAUUGUCGUGUUCGUUGUAAUACCGUUUGCCUUCGACGACGGGCGACGUGACCCGUUGAUGUUUUUACACCCGAUCAACCGUAUUAUUAAAUUUAAAAUUAAUUAAAUUCGGCCGUUCGAACGGCCGUGAUGCGUGUCCUCUCGCGGCGGGCACGUUAAUAUUUAUCAAGCAUAAUAUUAUACGAAACGACGUCCGUUUUUCUCCGGUUUUCGGUAGACGCGAUAUGAUAAUAUUAUUGUUACCAUCGUACGAAAAAUAACGCGAUCAUUUACAUUACGGUCUACAUCGAUGUACAUCUUAUUGUACGCUCUCGUUAUCUAAUCGCCCGGCGAUUUUUCGCUUUCGACCGCGCGUUCUCCGCGGACGAUAGACCAAUUUUAUUAAGCGCCCGAUUGUGUUAUAAUAUAUUAUUUACCUAAAUAUUAUUAUUUAUUUCACCGACGUACCGCGCAAAUGUGCACGCGAGCAUAGUACGUGUACAUAUCCGAGAACAAUAAUAAUUGUUUAAUCUGCGCUUAUUGUCGGGCCGAAUUCUGUAACAUGUGCUCUGCACUACACAAUAAUACGGCGGCUCCAAUAUUAUUUCCAAUAAUUACCAGGUCAAAUUAUUGGUAUUAAAACGUUUUAAACGAUUUUUUAAAAAGUUUUGUUUUUUUUUUUUUGGACUCUGCUUUUAAUUUCCAUUGUCGAGUCGGGUGUAUGAAGAAGAUUCCACGACUUAUUUAUGAUUGAUAUUUGCUAAAUCUCUUCCAAUUAAAAUUCCCACGGGGCACGCCAAUGCAGAUGAAUGAUUGGUCAUUAUUAUACGUGUUAAUAAUAGUAAUAUUUUAUUAUUAAAAUUCAUUUAAAAUUUUAUUAUCAAAUUUGAACUACUAAAUACCAUUGAUUAGUUUAGAUGGUAUUAUUUAGCUAACAAAAAAAACUAGAAAAGGUAUAUUAUAAAAUUGAAAUGGGUAUAUUUUUUUUAUUUGAGCUACGUGUUCACCGUUUAUAUUAUACAUUUUUUUUCUUCAGCUACCGAUAAAGUAUUCUAUAUGGCAGUGAAUGAGCUACAAAGACGUAAUAAAAAAGUAUGUAGCAGCUAUAGGAUAUGGAAUUAGAAUUCCAAUUCCAAUUCGAUCUUAAGAUUUUGUCGGUGACUAGUUAAAACUAAAAAAUUGGUUGUGACUUGUAAGACUUUUUUUUAUAGUAUAUUCACAAAUAUACUCACUUGCAACUCUUGCAACCAUUAUAAUAAUAAAUAAUAAUAAUAAUUUUAUAAAAAGUCGAAAAAUCGAAUGAUUUCAAUAGACUUGGCACGCUCUUAUACGACGUAACUCAUCCGAGAAUAUGUCAUAUUCGUCGAGGCACUUGAGUCUUUUUUCAUGAUUACAGUCCAUUAAAAUAAAAAGAAGUAUGUGAUAUUAUGAAACUUUAAAAAGUACCGACGACCAGAUUUUAAUUCCAUCCAUUAGGUAAUGCGUUAAAAAUGUAUUCUGGUUUUUCGCUACAAUAUUAUAAUAUAAGAUUGAAAUUUAAUAUAGUAUAAAGUUGUCGGAAAUAUUUAUCGAAUAUAAUACACCUGAAACCUGACGUGGUUGAAACGUUUUUUUGUUUAAGUGUUAUAAAUGCUGUAUACUUUCGAAAAGAUUAACUUUUAAAAAUAUGACAUUAUAAUAUGAACGAAUUUUAUAGCUAAAAAAAUGAUUUAUUAUGGAGCUGUCCUUAUAUUGUAGAACCCAACGAUUUUUUUGAAUGAAAAUCGCUUGAGUUUACAAACUAAACUGCAAGUAUAAGAAACAGCAGUAAUUUUUCUUUAAUAAGGGGAUUUAUACGUUAUAAAUAACACUUAAAAUGGCGGUACAAACAAAAAAAUAUAGACAAAUUUUAGAAUUAACUCGAAGACAAUUAAAUUGCGCUGUUUAUACUUCGUGCGUAAUUGCAGCCACUUUUGUAAACGGAAAGUUGGGAAGAUAGGAUACAGACGGGAAUUUAAUGUAUAUCUGAAAGCAACGAUAAACCAUUGCUAACGAAAAAACUAGAAUUCUGAUCAGAGUUCAGUUGAUAGUGUCGCUUUUUCAACUAUAAUAUAUUAUAUGUCAUAUUAUGGUAAAAUAAUUACACAUGCAUUAAACAUUUUCUCUUAUAAUAUUAGUUUAAUAUUGUACCUAUUUUCCCGUUCUCCCGUUUUUCCUCCGCUUUUUUAGGUUUUUCCGAUAUAUUGAGAAAAAUCCUAAGAAAAUAAAAAAUAACCUCCUUUAAGUACUUCCUCAGUUAAAUAUCCUUUCAGAAAAAGUGUCAUCAUUGUAAAUCAAAACAAUAUUUCUGAUAGACAGAUUUUUUACGGAUAAAAAAAAUAAACAUCAUUGUAAAAUCAUAAGUUUCUUCGUUCUACUCAGAAUCCAAAAGAAAUUGUUAAAUAAUUCAUUAUUAUAAGGUAUAAUAAUAAUCAGUGUAUAAGCAAAACGAUUAAUAAAAAUAGACGGACAUACUUCGCACGAUUGGUGGGCCACUGUUGUAGACGAGAAGUUAGGAAAGUAGGAUACAAAGGAGAAUUUAAUGUAUAUUUGUACGCAACGAUAAAUCUUUGCUAUCGGUUAUACAUAUUUUGAAACACUGUUAUUUUUACGAUAUUCGUCAAAAUUUGGUUUUCAUCCCUUAUAAAAAAUGCUAAUACAUUUCGCAUAUAACUAUGCUUAUCAAAAAAAAAUAAUAAAAAUAAUAAUAAUAAUAUAAUAAAAAAAUAUCAGAUCUGAUCCGCUCAACGCUACGCUGCUAAUAAUUGCACCACGCUACCACCAUUUAUUAAUUUUAAUUUUCUUUGGUCCUUUCUUUUCAAUUGUAUAAUAUUACAAACAAAUUUCUAUCGUACUAUAUUAUCGUAUAAUAGUAUAUUAAAAUAUGCACAAGUAUACGGCUCGACGUUUAGCGGACUAAAACUGAAUGACUUUUAAUAUUUUAAUAUGCGAUUUCGUUAUGUCUCAUUUAUACUUUCCUCCACUAAUUAUAAAUUAUUUACAUUUCGGUAUAGUACUGAUAAUAAACCAUUUAUUAACCCUCGAAAAAUUCAUUGUAAUUUGUUUUUAAAUUAUUCGACCGGCGGCGCAACGCAGAAGAAAUUAAAUUGUUCAAAUCGAAUUUUACCCAGUCGUAUCGUCGCUAUUCAAGUAAAAAAAUUAAAUUCAUACGUACUGCAUUUUACAAUAUUUGAUCCACGAACGUUUCGAAUGUCGAACAUGUAUUUCGAAACUUUUAUUAUUUCAUUAACCAUGCUAUCACUUAUACUUACACUUGUAUUUGUAUAAUGUAUACUAAUGUAUUUCUUAUACCGGUCUCAUAAAACUAUAUAUAAUACAUUUAUCGAGAUAUUGUGGCGGUGCAGUUGUUACAUAAAUACUUCUUGUUUAUUCAUCGCGCGUUUUAUCGAAAAUAUCGUUCCUGAAAACCUAAAUUCAAUUUUGUUCGUCUGAUGCUGUAUUAUAGGUUAUCUUGUGCGACUACGUCGGAUCAUCUAUAGUAGAUAUAAAUACACGGUUUUGCAUAAUUAUACAUAUUUUUAAAUAAACUAUUGUAAGCGUCAGAAUUAUUCGAUUAAUUUUUCGCGUUCGUCAGACGGUUCAAUAUAAUUAUUCGACAUUAUUUAGGUAAUUGGAACAUGAUAUAUUCACAUGUAUAUCUGUUGUACAAAUGUAAAAUAUUUACAAACAUUUUCAUUACCAUAUAACUGGAAAACUUACGGCUUUUUUCUCGGGUACAACUGUACAAAUAUAAUGUACGUAUUAUAAUAAGGAUCCACGGCGUAUCUGAAGACCAAUCAAGAAUUAAGAGACGUGGUUUAAAAUUUGAAUACACCUCAAAAUAUCACAAAGGAUUCCCCUAUUAUAAAAAAGUGUAAAGUGUUGAUAAUUUGUAUUAUAAUAAUAUUCUUCUCUGUUGAAAUGAAAAUAAAAAAAUGAAAAUAAUUUAUAAAUAUUGUAAAAAAAAAAUAUAUGAAAAUUAUUAUCAAAUAUAAAAAUAUAUACAAAAAAAAUAUAUGAAAAUUAUUAUCAAAUAUAAAAAUAUAUACAAAAAAAAAAAACAUUUAGUUAGAACAAUUUUUCAAAGUAAUAUAGACCUUUUAUUUUUCACUUUCCAAUCUAUAUUUGUGACUUUUGGUAGUCUACAUUAAUAUUUAUAUGUAUUUUUAAUAAGGUCAAUCCAGUUAAUCUUAGUUCGUAUUUUUUGGAUCUUAACCAAGUCUUAAGUCUAACAAAACAAAGCGACAUGCAGUCAAAUAAAAACAAGAUUAAUAAAAUAUAAUAUCACGAACUUAAUAAAUAUUACUAAAUAUACGUAGUUUUAAUUGGAAAUAUUUAUGCUAUGACCGUGAUGAUUUCAUCACCUUUAAACAAUUUCCUACAGGCGCAAUCCACCUCCGGAGAGCCCCAUAUACACCAUUGGUUGGAGUACUAUUGAGAAGUGACAUUCUCAGGAGUUUCUAUUGGAGGAGGGGGAUACAUACAAACUAUUUACAAAGUGAGACGUGGGGGGUUGCGCCUACAUACCCCUGCAAUAACAAUAGAGUAUAUAAUAAUGAGCAUUACAUUUCAAUACAUAUUAGUAUUACGCACUUCGUAUUUAAACUAUAUUUAUUUUAAUUAAUUGGUACAUGUACAAAACAGCACCCGUUUUAAUUUUGAACUGUAGCACUUUUUCUGAAAGGAAAUUUGACUGGGGUAGUACUUUAAGCAGGUUAUUAUUUUAAUUUUUCAAGCAGCUUUCAUAAUUAUUAGAAAACACUAGAAAAAAACGUAGGAAAAACGGGAUGAAAAAUGUACGAAAUUUUCAUAAUAAAUGGCAAGGUUUAAAACGAGAAAAUUUACGAAAUGUAUAUUAUUUUCAAAUCAUAAAUAUUAUGACCUACCAAAACGUGUGCAACCAAACUCAGCUCAGGAUCGUUUUUCGUUAGCAAUGAAUAAUUGUUAUGUACAGAUAUACAUUAAAUUUUCCCUCUUCUUUCCCAACUUCACACCUACAACAAUAGCCCACCCAUCAUACGAAACAUUUCCGUCUUUUCUUUUUCUUUUUUUUUUUACCUGAGCAUCAAGAACUUUUUCGGGAAUCUAUUCUGUGUUAUCACUUACCUGUUGUUAUUAAUUAUUAUAUUAUUUGUUAUCAUUAUUAUUGUUAUUAUUAUUACGAUAAAUAUAGUCAAUGCAAACAAUUAAUUAUACUACUAAAUAUCAGUCAUGCAUAAAUGUAUAAUAUGAUAAUAAUAAUAAAAAAAAUGAAUGUAAAAAUACUUGUUAUUUGGCACUAAUAAAAAAAAUCUAACGGGGGGGGAUCAUUCACUAUAUAUCACCUUAUAAAGGCACCCGUGCUAUUGAGUAAAAUUGAAAAGAAACUUUUAUUAUUUACAGACUUUGUGCUUCUGUUGAAAUCAAUGGGCCCAAUGGGUUCAAAUAUUUACGUGUAAACCAUUAACAAUGUUUUAUCAGUAAUCUGAUGAUGAUGCAAAGCUGUAACUAAGUAGUUACUAAAUACAAAUAUUUUUUACAGUUCUACGUCUUAAUUAAAAUUUGUUUAAUAAUUUAUUUUCUUAUUAUAAUAUUCGAGUAUACAAUGGGCCCAUUAUCUUUUCGAAGAAAUAAUAAUACAAUAAGUGAUAUAUAAUUAUGUGAAUAUAUUAUUAAGCUCUUUAUUUGAUCCUAAUAACUGCACUGAUGAGGCCUUUAGCGCAUCGGAAAAAUCGAUUUGAAAUUAUUGCAAUUAUUGGGCUGCGUGAAGUUGCCUUUGGCCCCUUAAAGGAGAAAUUGAUUUUACAAGGAAUUGGGUAGUUUUCAAUCGGAUCAAAUCAAAAAAUUGAUACUAUUUGCAAUGAAAUCGAUCGAAGGGAGAGAAGCAACAUCGUGUACUCAUUUUCAAUUCUCAGUUCAAUCCUGGUAGUAAGUAUAAUAUACUUACCACAUAAAUUGUAUUCAGCACAAAUUUGAAAGCAAAUAAUAUUACAUUUUUAAGUAUUAAUUAUUCGUAUAUAGAUUCCCUAAUGAAUAAUUUGUGUUUAGAAACAUAGAUUUUUUUUUUAUCAUCUACACAAAUAUUUGCUUGACCAAACCGAAGAAUUCUUCCACCGAAGUACUCUCUCAUUUUUUAACUCACUUUUCGCAAUAUAGUCUUCCCUUAUCUAUAUGACUUUUCUUCUUUUCCUGCAACGUUUACAAUCUUAUCAUCGGCAUUUAAUUUUUCGAACUUUAAUAUUCCGUUUAAAGUUCAUUUAGGCGUUUUAUACUUUGCAAAAUACUUGUUCUCACCUAGUUUACUAAAGAACACACUAAAUAAAACUUUUUUUUUCGGCCUUAAAUACAACUUAUAAUGAACCUCAUGUUAAACUUUCAAACAUUUUUAUUCUGCCAAAACAUUUCAUAUGCAUUAAAUCGAUUAAAAACUAAAAUACUAAGUGCCUAUAAAUAAACCAAAAGUUAUCAGAAAGAUUUAAAAAUUUUACCACUUUUAGAAAAGCUAGUUAUAUUAGUAUUUGAUGGAAAUUUCAGGACUCUGCAAUUAUUUUUAAUUAAGUUACAAAAAAAAAAUACAAGAAAACGAAAAAAUAACUUCCAAAUGAAUCUACUAGAUCCGAAAUACUACAAAAAUAUUCUCUGAUCGUUUUUGAAUUGGAACAAGAUAAGUGGUAGAAAAUUUGCUUACAUGCAAAAAAAUAAAAAAUAUUAUAUUCAUUAUCCAUACAACACGAUAAUAUACUCCUUGCUGCACACAGAAUUUAAAAAGUUCAUUUUUCUAAAGGAAAAUACUGUUUAUUACAUAAUAAUUAAGUUCAAGAACCAAUUGAUUAAAAAAGAAAGAAAAAUUAACUUUAUCGCAUCAUUUUUGUUAUCAAAUUGAAUUCAAGUUAAUUACCUCGCAAGUCGUACCUAAUAUUUAUUACCAUUGUGCUUCUUGGUUAUAUAGCAAAAUAAUUCAUUAGUUGAUAAUUAUAUUUUUUGUAUGGUUAACAAUAUUAUAAUAUAGGUAAGUAAUUAUAUGUAUAAUCUACAAUAUUGACUAAUUAAAUCGCGAUUGUAAAGUAAACGAAGAGUCCAAAAUUAAAUCAAUUUAAUUUAAUUAAAAAUAAUACUUUUCAUAAAUACUUUAUUCUUGUGUUUGAGUCAUUUGCGUGCUCACGGGGGCAACAGUGGCAGCAUAUUUUGCCCCUGGACUUUCUUUGGAGCUACUGCGGCUGGCAAAUAUUUAAUAAUGGGCCUCGGUGAAAUUAUAUUUCCACAAAUAAUGACCAUUGUAGUUAAAAAAAAUUAAAAUUUUGAUUGUUUCAUUUACAACUUUAAUUGCAUGCCUAUUUGAUUUUUUUUUUUUUUUUGAAAAAAAUAAACUUCUUCAGUUUUAUACCUACAGAUUCAGAGUACAAUUAUUUUUAUAAUAUAUAUUUUAUAUUGUUCUUAAUGUUUGUUUAUUUUAUUAUAUUAUAAAUAAUAAAUAUUAACCAUAAACCUGUGGAAAAUUACACCUUAGUACCUUAUUGUACAAAUUUUUAUCCAAAAAACAAAUAACCAAUACAAUUUAAUUUUGGUACUCACUAGUAAAAAAAAUUUAAACUAUGGGCCGAUUUUAAUGGUGAAUUUGGAGAAUGGGCCGAAUUAAUCUCUCUUGCUGCCCCUGAAACCGGAGUCUGCGCACGCCUAUGGUUUGAGUUUGAAUUACCAUAUACGUGUUUUACGAAACGCUUUUUGGAAUUAGUUCGAUAUUUUCAUACGGUAUGAUUGAUUUUUUUAAUCAAUAAUAUAUAACUACUUAAUUAUUUAUACCUGAACGAUAUACUAUAGGUUAAGUUAACUGUUAAUUAAAAUAUCAAAACCACCUAUUACGCUUACUAUAAUGGUGCUAUGACAAGCUCAAAAGUGGUCUUAAUCAUGUAAAACUGGAUAACGUUUUUGAGUAAAUUAUGCCUAGAGCUGUGCAUUUUUAGAAAAGUGCAUUUUGUUUCUUUAAUUUAGCUGUUAAGAAAGCUACGAUUUUAGCUUUCUUAACAUAAAGUUUAAAUCAUAGAACAACAAAUUCAACUGUACAAUUUGUAUUUUUUUCUUUUACAUUUUUUAGGUCAAUUCUUUCCUUUUAGUUAAUUUUACUGUUACUAUUAUUAUAAUAAGCAAUACGUGGAAAGAAAUAGUCACUAGAACAAAUGAUUUUUGAUUAGUCCGAGUCGAUAAUAUAUGGCUAUUCGUGUUUAUUAAUUGCGACAAAUCAGUCCUCUGUGAUUGUCUAGAGGAAAUAGGUAAUCUAUACACUAUAGAAGAUUUUAUUAUUAAGUAUUUUAAACUUUAUUUAAGGUUUUAUAGUACAUUAAAUACAUAGAUCUAAUUAUGGCGUUUAAAACAAAAUUACUCUGUCAGGUUUGUUCGUUAGGUCGUAAGCCGUACAAAUAAAUAUUAUAGUUUUAUUUCACCACGAUAUUAUCUGAGAUCAAAUUGAUGUAUCUUAAGUGAAUUAUGAUGGAAACUACUCAUGAUCAAAAAUGCAUAAAUGAUCUUGUUUCUAAUAUGCUAGUUAUAAUAUAUUUUGGUAACUCAUUAGAUUAUGAUGUAAAACAGAAACGUGUUGAUUAGUGAUAAAUAAAUGGCUAUCGUGUAACAUGCCAUAGACCUAAAUGUUUAUAAAUGUUGAUAUUUAUUUAUUUUAUAAAUACGAGUAUAUACAUGUAUUCAUAUUAUAUUGAAUUCAUAUUAAUAAGCUGUAUUAAUUUAGUUUUAUUAAGCAUAACCUAUAAGUUUACGAAUCUAUAACUCUCUAUCUCCAUCACAAGCCUAGCUUAAAAGAGAUAGAUAAUUUAGAAUGUUAUUUGUUUAACUUAUUAUGAACAUAUUAUUCUUUUCGGUCAAUAAAAAAAAUUAAUGAUUAAAAAAAAAAUACCUAUUUUUUUAUUAUUUUUUUUACCAAAGUAUAUUUUUUAUCGAGUAUAAAAAAUAUCCCACUACAAAGAUCUAACAUUUCAACAACAUUUGUUUUACUCAAUGGUUACAUGUCAAUGCAUAGUUUUAAAUUUUUCUUUUUAUAUUAAUUAUUGAUUCUUGUAUUUUAUACAUUUUUUUUUUAAUACUGAAAAAAAGUAUAACUAAAGGUUAAAAAAAAAAUGUUUUACAAAAUCAAAAAUAGCCAUAUUAUAAAUAUAUUAUGAAACAAUAUUUUGGGUGUAAAAACGUUUAGUAAUAAAUAAUGAUGAGUCAUUGGUUUUCUAAAUUUUUUUAAUUUUACGAUGGUUUAAAUUGUUUUCAUUUCCACUACUAAAUUAUAUCAAUCAAUUUACCAAUUAUUCAAUGAAAAAUUAUUUUGCAAAUGAUUUAUAUAAACUUCGAAAAGUUGUAAAUAAUAGAUGGCUCAUCAUUAGUUAACAUUUUUAACACUAAAAUGUAGCUUAAAAAUAAAUGUUUAAAACGGCUAUCUUGGAUAGUGAAAACAAUUUUUUCUUUUUUACAUUAAAAUUGUCUUUUUAGUUUCUAAAAUUUUUAAUAAAAAAAAAAAAACCGAACAAAACAAAAGUUAUUGUAUUUUUCAGAUUUCGGCGGAUAAAAUGUACAUCCAACGAUUAUAAUAUAAUAUUACUAUCACGCAGAAUAGCUUAUUAUUUCACGGUUUUAAUUAUUAAUAUUUUAUGAGGCACGUACCAUAAAACGUGCUUAUAUUACAUUUAUUACUUAUACCUUACCUAUAAAAUAUUGUAUUAUUAAUAUUCUCGAUUAUUCGUUGAUAUUGUAUUUGUUCGAACAGGUUAUCUGAUUCACUUCGGCCGUUGCGACCGCGACCUGUUCCCCGAAGGCGUUCAGCUCGGUUACAGAUGGAGGGCUACGACGCACGUGGGCACUGUGUUUCCCUCGGAACACCUGACCAAAUACACCCUGCAUGCAUACUUUACCGUACAAAAUUAUCAAAAUUUCUCUACGUUUCACGUACGUAUGAAAAAUAAAAAUUUGGAAGUAAUAUAAUUGUUGACUUUAUAUUAAAACAUAAUAAACAUAUUAUUAAUUAACAAUAUUUCACAAAUCAAAAACAAACAAAUUUAACUUACACAUAUAAAGUUUAUGUAUACAAUAACGAAUAUACAUACUAUAUAAUAUAGUUAAAUAUUUAAUUUAAAAAAUAAUUCAAAUUGGCCACGAAUAGAAAUAUUUAGGCGUACGGGUUUCUAUAUUUUAAAGAAUAAACAUGUUUUAAUGAUAUAAGAACUAUAAGAAUUGAGAAUUACAAAUAAAUUAUAAAAUUAAGUUCAACUAUCGACUUUUUUCUACAAAAGUAUUUUAAACAUCUUCUGGAUUAAUAUUUGUUGAUACCUAUGUCUCUUUCUGUAUGAAUUAUAGGUAAAUUUCAAAAUCUAAACCAUGUUUUUAUUCGCCGUAUUACUGUAAAUGGUCGUUUACAAAACGUUGAACUUAUCGGAAUUAUAAACAUUUCUUGUAGAGGUUUAUAUAUAUUUGGGAAAACUUUAAUUUUGAUAACAGAUUUAAUAUCAUCUAUACUAUAGUGGCGAAUCGAUCUUCCCCCUCGUUCACUCCCAAAUUUUCUUAGCCUCAUCAAUAUACUCUGAGCUUAAUUUUCAUAAUAAUUGUGUAUUAUGCACAUUUUCAAAAUUUGACCCCCUCCCCCCGUGUUCUUUCCUGGAUCCACCCUUGUAUUAAUGUUAAUAUCAUUUUUAGCAACAGAAUUUUUGUAUUUUCAAUAGAAAGAAAAAAACUAUUUUUAGAAAAAAUGUUGUAAAAUAUUUUAAAUAAACGAUUAUGAAGCCAAAAAUCUGCAUUUAUUUAGAUAAUACAUAACGAAAAUCAAAUCAGCCUAUCCACUUUUAUGUCCAACUGUCUCUUUUUCAGUUUUCUUUCUGUCUUUCCUCCAACGUUAUUUCCAUAACAAUUCUUACUGCUUCUGAUUCUUCUCUCCUUAUAUGACAUACCCAAACCAUCUCAAUUUACUUUCUCUCAUUUUGUCAACUAUUGAAGUCACACCUAAGCUACCUCUUAUAUACUCAUUCAGGGGCGUCAUUUAAGGUAUUGCAGAAUAUGCUCAUGCAUACCUAAAAUUCAUCAAGAUUACAUUUUGGUCGGAUUAUAAUUUUUCUGCACCAUGAAAAAUAUUUUAUUUUUUUUAUUUUUUUUUUAAUUGGUGUUAAGCAUCGUUAAUUAUGUAGUAUGUGUGGCCAUAAUCUGUAAUAGCUGGUUUGUUGUAUCAGAUGUAAACUAUUUGUUUUGUGAUCACCCUUUAAUAAAAUAUAUAUUGGACUGCUGAAAACUUUUUUUGCCUGCCUAGUUGUUAGCAUACCUAUCAAAAAGUUAAAAUUAUGCCCUUCUACUCAUUCCUUAAUCCUAUCUUCUUUCAUCAUUCCACUCAUCCACCUAAUCACUCUCAUCUCUGCUACACUCAUUCUCCAUUCUAUUUUAUCUGUUUACGCCCAACACCCCGAACCAGACAACAUAGUCGGUCUUACCACACUUUUAAAAAAACCUUACCUUUAAGUCUCAUUGGAAUUCUCUUGUCACAUAAAAACGUGAUGUUUCUCUUAUCUUUAUCCAAUUACAUUUAAACGUGUGUUCUACAUCCACAUCAAAAGGCCAAUAGAACGAUGAGUUCUAUUGGAGAAUCAUUGGAAAAUUGGAAAGUAAUGAUUUUAUAAUUUCUAGUGUAUCUACAACCUAACCUAACAUUUUCAAAUUUUUUUCGGAAAUUUUGAUACCUAGUUUCUAUUAUAAUAUUUAACAUUUUUAUCCUCGAAGGCUGAUUUUCUAAGUCUUGCCAUACUUACGUUAAGGAUAGUUAUGGGUUGCCAAAUUUUUUAAACUUUUUUUUUUUCAACUCGGCCGGACGAAAAGAGUUAGUUUUUUCUGUGCGCGAUUAUCAAAAUAAUAUAAGGUACUAUAUAUUUUUUCUCCGGAUGGGUCGACAGAUUAAAGAGUUCCAGACAAGCGAGAAGCAGCAGGAUUUUCCGUGGAUAGCAUUGCCGUUCCGAUGCGCUUACAAGGACGGCGAAGUGCAAAAAUUCGAGAACGAGGCCGACGACGUGUUGGGCUCGCUGAACAUAAAAAGGGCUCUGGCCGCCAUGUUUCAGCUUAAGUUAGGAUCCAUCGGCAUAUCAUCAUUCGUUAUCCAAGAGGUACAGUAAAACAUAAACACAGGGCAACAAAAAAAAAAUAACCAUACACUUUUUCAGAAUAAUACGUGGUGUAAUUUGCAUUAACUUACAUUUACAUAUAAUAAAUUUAUAGACAAUAUUUCGAUAAAUUGUAAUUUUUUUAAUCGUGUCGGAAGAGUUCAACGCGAUACGUCUCUUAAACAAUUUUAAAAUACCCUAAAUCACAUAAAAUUAUCGUUUUGGACGAAUGAAAAUGUAGGUAUUGAUAAAUACGUACUUAUACUUUAGAAAUAUAAUAAUGCUUCUGUAGAUUUUAUUUUUGGAUUCGAAUUUCCCGAAAAGUGUACGGUAUUUUUUAUUAUUUUUUUUUUAAACUUAAUUCCCCGAACAUACAGGCGUUCAGGGUCGUAUUUAUCCGUGUAAUAUAAUUUUCGUGUGUUCCAUCGCGUAGACUGGAGUCUACGGAAAAUGCGAUGUCCAGUAUCUGGUUACCAAAGACCAAAAAAACAACACCAACGUAAAGAAAAUUAUCAACUUUUCGGCUUGCGAUAAUAAGCUUGGACAACAGUGGAGUAACACGCCGGCAUUCACGUGUCCAUCAAACUAUCAAGUAAUUAUACAAUAUUUCUUUUGGAUUCUGAGUAUAGCAAAAAAGUUAUUACAUAGUUAUACUAAGAUGUGUAUUUUAGAUUUUAUGCAAAGCGAAAAAUAUCUAGAUUUUACUAUGAUGUAUAUUUUGUGUGUAUGUGUCUGUGAACAACGUUUUUUACUAGAAAACUUGAUCUAAUCAAACAUUUUAUAGAAACUUUUUUGUAUCAUUAUUGAUCUAGUAAUUGCGUUAGGGAUGUCAUUCUUUUUGUUACCCUGGUAGUUUUCUUAAUAAAUAAUUGAUAACUGUACGAUUUUUGUUGAUUCAGGCAACGAAGAAAAAGUCCAAUAAUAAUACACUACUCGAAAUCGUUUAUAAUUGCGUACAGAUAUAAAUAUUAAAACUAAUCUGUUGAGAAGUGUUUUUUUUUUUUUUUUAUAACAAUAAUUUAUUAUUGCUUUCAGUAUAUUAUAAAGUAAAUUAUUCUAUAUCCUAUGUACAUUUCAAGCCUAUCCAUUGCCCGAAGUACAUUCGGCUUUUAUUAAAAUAGUUUUUAUGCAAGUUUCAAAAUAACAUGAUAUUUAUAUUUUUCCUUUUUGUUUUAAUCAUUUUACCUUCCUUGUAUAGGACGGAAGCAUGAGUCAUAGCGUUCGGACUUAUACUCUGGACGAACAUAACGUGAUUCGUUACUUGAACGUUAUCGGUACGAUAGAAUUUCAGCCGUUUCAAGCUCUGGCGGAAUCACAUCAUAUUUUCGUAAAGUAUGUCCUUAAAGCUUGUACCAAGAUACCGAGAAAUAAAAAAUAAAAUAAAAAUGUACCCAUUUCUAAUUAAUACAUAAUAUUAUCAUAUCGUUAAUAGUCAAACGUUCGAAUUGGACGACAUUUCGCCGAUCGUCGAUCCUGUCGUGCUGGUAGCAAAAACGGACAAUUCGAUCGAAUACGAUUUCAAUCACUACGAGGAUCCCACACUGAACCACAAGCCGACAAAUAAAUCACAUCUUUUGACCGAAGUACUUAUAAAAUAAUUAUUAUUACCUAUAUUCGCUUACGCGUUAUCACCCCCCCCCUCCCCCCCCGAUCCAUUUUUGUAAAUAAUUAUUAUUGAUUUCAUCAUUAUAUUAGAUUCACGACAUACUCGGCCAACUGACGGAGAGCCUUAGCUGGGAAAUUGGAACCACUAACCUCGACAAUCAGACGGCUUUCCGAGCUUUGGAACUCAUGUGGUGGUUGGAUACCGCUGACUGGAACACUCUGUACGAUACCAUUAAGAUCGGCACCAGUUACUCGCAAGAAACUAUACAGUUCGUACGAUUUAUACUCACGGAAACUAUAAUUAUAUUAUUAUCAUAGCAUAAAAAUAUUUCCCCGUGCCUUUUUUCUAGACACUUUUUUUGGGAUCUGGUACCACAAGUUGGAUCAGCGUCUUCGGUGGAAUUCAUCCGGGAACUGAUCAAGGAACAACAAAUAACGGGUUUUUUGGCCACCGGACUGUUGUUCACGUUUCCGUACCACGUCAGGUAUCCUAACGAAAAGCUCCUAAAAGAAACAGAAAUAUUAUUAGACCUCGACAUUGAAUCAGACAGUGAAAUACAAAAAAUUGCGAUUUUGAGUUUCGCUUCAUUGGUGCACAAAACGUGUGGCAACGGAAUGUGUUCAGACGAUACGCAGAACAAAUACAUCAAAUUAUUUUUAGAUAGAUUCAAAGGUCAGUAUAAAACUUUUAUAGAAUAGUUUUUUUUUUUUCUGUAAUAUUUCCUUAUAAUAUAUUUGCUGCAACUGUGGGGUUGAAAAAAAAAUAACUUGUACGAAUUUCAUCGCAUUUCAGAAUCCACAACGCACGGUUCUCAGAUGGUGUACAUCGAAGCGUUUGGCAAUAUGAAAAUCGAUAAUAUAUUGGACUUUUUGGAACCGAUAAUCACUGACCACGACCGCUCCAGACAUAUUAGAUUAGUGGCCAUUUGGGCAGCAAAAUCUGCUACCGUCCGCCAUUCUAACAAAGUAUAUACGUACUUAUAAAUCAACAAUACUAUUUAGAACUGUAAAAAGAAAGCUGUCGUAAUUUAAUUUUGCAGACGACCGCCAUUCGUCUGUAAAACGACAAAUACAGAUUUAAAUUUUUAGCACCCUCCCCGACAAAUUUUUAUGACCGAUAGUUAUCGCACAUACUUAGCCAUAAUAGUUAUUAUAAUUAAUAAUUAUACCGGCUCUACAGGUCGACGAAGUGUUUUGGCCGAUAUUGACCAACCAUUCCGAACCGUUGGAAAUCCGAACGUCGGCGUUAAACAUGCUCAUGAUGUCUCAACCGUCUAUAUCUCGGUUUUUGACACUCUACUGGUUCAUGCAAGAGGAACCAAACCAGCAGAUUUACAACUUUUACUAUACCACGAUCAAUUCUAUGGUCAACUCCAAGUAUCCGUGCUAUUAUAAAUAGUAAGUGUAUAUACAAGUAAUACAAGUUAUACGGUCCGAGUUGAGUUACGUUUUAUUAUAAUUUGCACGUGACUACAGUAAGUGACGUCGAUCUGUACUUCGUAGUUUAUAUUCUGGGGGGAGAUGGCACACAAUCUACCCAACUACUUAAAAAUAUUUCUAAUAGAAAGAUUCAGAAAAAACAGACGACUUAAAACACUAUAGAUGAUAGAUCACUAGCUGAUUACCAACCAAUAACUGAAUAUUUGGUAUGUGAGAUCGUCGUCACUUGCUAAGGUAGUUUUUCGAUUAUAAUAAUAUUAUUUAGCAACAAGUUGUCAUUCUCUCCGUUCAUAUCAUUUUAAUGUAAUAUAUAAUUUACACUAGUUUUAGUCAUUUAGAAUAUAAAAUGUCCAGAACAUUUAUUGAAAGUGUUGUAUGACGUGUACCUCCUACCUACUUGCACGUUUAAACUCAACUCGGUAAUUAUAUAACCACGUUACCCAACGAUAUUAAGUUUUGUUUUUCUGCUACAGUAGCAAAAUAGCUACACAAAUCGUGCGAUUCGUGCAGCACAAAUGGCAUCACUGGGCCACCGGAAACUAUCUACUAGACUACGAAGACUCGGUGAGAGGGUACGGCGGAAUCAUUCAGACGGUCCUAAUGGCCAACCAGCGGACUGGGUUUCCGUCGGUGGUUCGUUUUACAGCCGAACAACAUUCAUUUGGUGCAUCUUCCGAGUUUGAGAUCCACAUAAAGACCGAAGGGCUGACGGAAAACUUGAAAAAACAGAUCAUCAACGCAGUAGUCAGACCGUCCGACCAACCAGUCAUUGAGGUUUCCAAACUGGUAGAGAUCCUGGAAAAGGCCAUGUUGGCCAUCCAAAAGGACGAAGACUUUCACUUCGAAGUCAUCAUCAAGAUCAACGAGCAGACUAUUUAUUGUCACCAUUUGAACAACACAAAGUUCAAUAAUUUUGCGCUAGGUAACCUCCGUGGAUAUUAAUAGACAAAUAUUUACUUGUGAAUACAAGUAUUUAAGUAUACUUAAUGGACAAGUAUAAUAACUUGAUAUUUAAAUAAAAAUAAUAAAAAGAAAUAUAAGAUAAUGAGGACGGGUGCAGCCACUGGUGGGAAGUUGAGUAGGUAAGAUACAGACGAGAAUUCAAUGUACAUCUGUAAGCAACAAUACACCAUUGCUUACGAAAAAACGAUUCUGAGCGGAAUUCAAUUAAUAGUGAUGCUUUGUCAACAAUAUAUAUAUAUAUGUCAUAUUAUAGUAAAAUAAUUAAACAGGUGCAAUAUAUUUUCUUUAAUAAUAUUUGUUUAAUGUUGUACCGAUUUCCCCGGUUUUCCUACGUUUUUUCUGGUUUCCCAUGUUUUUUACUAGUUUUUCACAUUUACUGAGAAAACUCCGGAGGAAAUCUAAAAAUGACCUCUUUAAAGAACUUCUCCAGUAAAAUUUCUUUUUAAAAAAAAUUCUAUCAUUAAAAGGUUGAGCAAAAUUGCUGGUAGAAAAUUUGUCCACAGAAAAAAAAAAUAAAAAAAACAUCUUUUGUAAAACCAUAAGCUUCUUCGCUCCAAUCAGAAUCUAAAAUUAUAUUCAGAAUAUUAUUCUAUAUACCUACAGUUAUGUAUAAUAUAAUAUUAUAGACCUGUCUUCUGUUAAAUAAAAAGGUAGAAAUUGUAUAAGUUUAGUUUGCUCGACCCCUGAAUUAUCUCGAAAUAAUUAUUACGAUUAAAUUCAAACUUUGCACUUGACUAUUAAGUGUAUAGGUCGAGAAGUUGUUCCGAUCGGACUCUCUCGGACCUUUGCGAAGUACAGUAUCCGUCGGGUAUAAUAAUAGUUUAUUACCUACCGUAAUAUUAUAUUAAUGUCCCGAAAUUAGCGUGUAGAUAUUUCAAAAUUAUCUGUGUAUCAACUAGGUUGGUUUUUUUAAAAAAAUAAUUUAACGUUAAACGAUACAUAAACAUAUUUAAAAUAUGAUAUUUCACAUAUUUAUACGAAGACUAAUUAAAACGCAUCGAUACUGAUAGUGUUACUCGUAAACCAAGCAUUGUAAAACAAUAGGAAUGAUAUCACUGGCUUUUAUUACUUCUUCUGAACACAUCUGUUUUUAAAAAUUCUCUAUAAUAUUGUUUGAAGGUUAUAACAGGGUUUUUUUUACUUCACUGAUAUUUUUGAAAAAUAUGUUUUUCGGAUUAGGCGAUUUUGUAAUGAAUCCAAAGAAGAAAAACUUGAAGAGCUUCUUGGGAGUUUGAGAGGAUUUUUCGGCAUUUUAUUUUUUAUCUCAUUUCAUUGUCCACAUAAACAAAAAUAUCAGUGAAAUAAAAACAAUCCUACUAGUUUUCACUACAAGUAAUACUAUCAGUCUCAAUGCUUUUUGAUACUACUUCGAACUAAAAACUAAAAAUCGACGUUGCAUAGAUUCGCUCAUUCGUUUAUUUUAGAAAACGGAGGGAGAGGUAUAACAUUUCGAAAACUGAAUAUAAAUGGAAAAUUUAAUGAUAACAAGAUUUCAAAAUAAAAUUAGUCACAAAUAAUUGUUUACUUUUUUUGUCAGUGGUAAAACCUCAUAAAAUUACUUUUUCGAAUAAUUCGAAUAAUUACUGAUAACCGGCUCGUGUUCGAAAAAAAAAUGUCCACAAUUUAAUUCCUAACCUUAUUUUAUUCCUUCGGCUAAAUUAAUUAUUUGUUUCAGUAUUGAAGAGACUGAGUUCGCUGUAUUUCCAGUUCAGUCUGAACUACCAGCGUCUCUCGUUCCCGCUCCGAUUCCAGCGGACGCAAUUCACAGAUUUUGGGACCCCUGUUCUUCUUCAGUUCAGAACGGCUUCAUUGUUAUCGUUGCGGGGAAGCAUCAAACAGACUGAAAGCGGCAAGUCUAGGGAUGCCGAAUUAGACUUUAGGUAUAAAUCGCUAUAUUGUAUACUUAUACUUUAAAAAAAAGUUUUACAAAUUAAUUGUUUUUAUUAAUUUCACUUAAUAUUAAUAAUAAUAAAAAAAUACCUGCAGUGCUCCGUUACUGGAGUCAAAUUUUUCCCCAGCUGAUUUGUCGCCGUAACAAUAUAAGUAACAAUAAGUUCGUCUAAAAUAGUUAUAGUUACCAGAAUUGUAUUAUAUUUUAGUCCGUAGGAGUAUUUAAGACAAUGAAAGUAAUUGGAGAGGAAGUAAAAGCUAAAACACCCAACAGGCACACCCUUGUUGUUUAAACCAUGCAUACGAAUAUACAAACUUUUAUCCCAUUUACUUCAUUUGGUGGGUCCGGAUAAAAUAAAAAACCGAUAUACAAUAUUUACCAAUAUUAUUCAUGUUAAUUUUUCAACCAAUAUAUUAUUAAAGUAAACGAUUUUUUUCAUAUUGCUAUAUUAUUAUCCAAAUUAGACGUUUAUUGUAACGUUCCGGAUUUAAAAGCAGUUUGGAAAUAUACAGGGGCGCCAAAAAAUAGAUAUGAACAAAUCAAACGAAAGUUAGUAAUAAUUCAGAUUACUACAAAAAUGAGUUACUAAAAGUAUCAAAAAGUAGCGGGAAAAGACGUGUACCUAAUAAAUAUAAUGCAAAUAUACAAUAGUUAAUAUUUUCAAGAAAAUUUCGAAAAACAAAAUCUUAGCAAGCCCAAAACUGACUAGUACCUACUGAAACACAUACCUACACAGACACUUAAUGACGUUUAUUUUAAUUGUAUUGUUUCUUAAACAAUUAAAAUAUUCCUCUAGCCCCUUCAAAAAAAUUGAAAUACCUACGUCACAUAGCGUACGUCGUUCUCAUUCAUUUCGGGCGUUUUUUCAGAUAUUCCAUGGACACGGUGACUAGUCUGAAAACGUUCAAUCCGCUGAGCCAAACCUGGCACGGCGCUGACCGUUUCCGGUGCAUCCACGCGAGAAUACCGUUUUCUACGGAAAUCAUAACACACUUCUUCAGAUCGUACGUGAAGGUGUCUGCUUACAGGUACAAAAACUUCGUUGACGGAUCAAAGCUGGGCAUCGUGUGGCACUCCGCGACCAAACUGUUUCCGCCGCCAGAAAACGUGCCUCCCUCGAAAGUCGAAAAAUACGAAUCGCUUUCUGACGUUAGUAUAUACACAUACAUAUUAUCAUACCUACAUGAAUUAUAAAACCCAAAAGUUUUUUUUCUUUUUUCAAUUAAUUGGGGGAAAAAAUGUAGGAAAAUUUAUGGAAUAACGCUUUUAUUUUCUAAUAGGUUUUUUUUCUAUUUUGUUGGAAUUAUUUUUAAAACAAUCGUAGAGAUCUAAAAUUCUCACAGAAUACUAAUAACGUGAUAAAAUUAUCAAAUACUCUGGCCAUUUAUUAGCUGUUUAUAAACAUUUGAAAUAAUCGAUUAUGUUUGAUUUUACCUAUAUGGAUUCAAUUAUUUUUUAUGUCUAACAGAAAUGUUUGAAAAUUUAACGUGAGGUUCAUUAUAAAUUGUUUUCUGUGUAUAAUAAAAAUAGUCAAAUGUAAUAAAAUAGGUUUUUUUUAUAAGCGUUUCAAGUUGAAGUUUUAAUGCGAAAAUCGUAAAACGGCAUUUCAAAACACGUUCAACCGAUCUACGCUCAGAAUCGUCUUUCGUUAACAAUGUUAUAUCGUUGAGUACAGAUUAUAGAUAUAAUUUAAAUAACCCUAAAUACUGCUACUUUCCUGACUUCUCAUCUACAACAGUGGCCCAUCCGUCGAACAAAGUAUAUAUUCGUGUUUUAGAUUUUGAGCGGAGCGAGGAAUGUAUUAUUUUUACAAUGAUGUUGAUUUUUUUAUUUUAUCAGUGAAAAACUUUUCUACCAGAAAUUUUUCUCCGAAGAUCAAAAGAAGUAAUUUUUCUGAAAGGAAAUCUAACUGGGGUGGUACUUUAAGGAGGUCAUUUUUUUUAUUUACCAGGAGUUUUCAUAAUAAAUGGUAAGGUUUAAAACGAGAAAAUUUACGAAAUGUAUAUUAUUUGCAAAUCGUAAAUAUUAUGGCCUUUCAAAUCAUGUAUAACCGAACUCUGCUAAAAAUCAUUUUUCGUUAGCAAUAAUUAAUCGCUGUGCACAGAUAUACAUUAAAUUUCCCCUCUAUUUUUCCAACUUCUCACCUACAAGGCUACAACAAUGACCCACCCAUCAUGCGAAGUAUAUCUGUUUUUCAUAAUGCGUCCAAUAUUAUACACGUUCGCGCCACAUUGACGGUAUACGAUAAAUUGCAUGUUCAAUUUUUUUAUACUCAUUUAUAAUUGUAUAAUUUCAACGAUUUAAAUCGUCUUGAUAAUUAACUUCAAUAAAUAUAAACCUUUGCAACGAAAAAUAAUUCUGAACGAAGUUUCGGGUACUGCGUGGAAGGUAAAAGCAUUUUUACUAACCGAAUCUAAGUACCUAAUAGAAUCUAAAACAAAUAUCACUGUAACGUUUCGCUCGAAAUAAAUAAAAUUAAAUAUUUUAAACUUGGACUCUAAAAUGGCCUAAUGAUGGGAUGUAAACUCAGUUAGUCUGCUCUAUAGUAUUCUUGUCCUCGCUUUUUCCAUAUCAUGCGGUGUAUAUGUAUUGACGAAAUUUUUAUCGGUACACUUCUUGUACCCAUAUAGGACUGGGCAUUCGAGUCGAGAGAUUUAGGAGCAAAAAUCGCCACCACCGUGUUCGACUGCCAGGACGGUGGCAAGUUUUCCAAUUCUUUGAUCAUUAUCAAAGAAGCAUUUCAAAUCAGCAACAAAAACUAUCAGUUAGUAUACUUAUAUGAUAUAUCGGCUUAUACAUUAUUUAUUUAGUUUUUGGGAAACAAAUAAACACACACGUUUUAUUUAUUUAUUUUGUUCCUUCCUUUUAGGUCCAUACCCGGCGGUAUCGCUUUGUUGGGCGUCUACUCGCUUUCCAAUUAUUUCACGUUCAUCCCGCCGGAAGACAGCUGCGGUCUGAUACUGUCCAUAUCGCCCCUACAGGUUUGUGUAUCGACAAACGAAUAAUUCGUAAAAUUGGUUCGAUAUAUUAUGUAUAUAGUCAAAGGUUUUUAGUUUUAUAACUCCCAGACCGUGAAACUUCCCGAUCCCCGAAUAUCGACAGAUAAGUAUUCGCGGUAUGCCGGUCCCGACGGAUACACACUGUGUACACCCACUGCAGGCCAAUGACUAGACGAGUAACACCGACGCGUUUGAUUUGCGGACUAAUAAAUUUAAUCAGUAAACAAAAUACCCAAAACCCGUAAUAAAAAAAUAAAAAAAAAAAUGGUUAUACGUCGUUGACUUUACGAAGUUAUCGAGUUUUGAAUUUAAAAUAGUCAUUUGCCUAUAAUAUCGGAUGAGACCGGCUAUGUUGUAAAUUUCGAAUGUUGAACUGUAGACAAAAAAAUAGAAGUACAUUAGAGCAUUAGCGUACAUUGGGUGUGAAUUUAGAGGGUACUAGAAUAAUUUCUGAUACACAGAUUUAAGGGGGGCUUCGCUUCCCACACCCCCCUCCCCUCUAGUGAUAUAAUAAACUAUAUUACAAUAAUUUCAAAUGUGUAUACAACCUGUAUUAUAAACAGAACACAAUUUCGUAACUAACCGUUAAAGAUAUAAAUAUAAAGUAAGAUAAUAUGAUUGCUGUUUAAUGUUUAGACGAAAACUGAAACGUACGUUCACACAAUACUGUUUUAAUCGUGAAUCCCUGCACUUUUAACGGAAAAACAAAAUUAUUUUAUCUAAACCAAUAAAAUGCAAUAAUUUACAGAUAAUUGGUGAAAUACUGAAAUAAAUUAUUCAGGGAAACUGGGGAUACUAAUUUGAAGCCUAGGAUUGCUAAGCACCCCUACCUAGCACCCUCCCUAUGUGCGCCUAUGCAUUAGAUUAUAUUAGAUGUAGCUUAGACGUGAUUUCAUUAGUGAACAAAAUUAAAGAAAAUAGACGAAAACGGUUGGGGUAUGCCAUGGGGUGAGAGGAAUCUGAAGCAGUAAAAAUUGUAAUAAAAUUAGACGUAAGAGGAAAGAAGGAGAGAGGAAGACCGAAAAAGAGGUUGUUGGAUGCGAUCGAGAAUGAUAUGAGGAUGACGGGUGUAUGCGAGCAUGAUGUGGGAAAUCGGGUCAAACGGAAGUUUAAGACGAAGGUGACCGACCCCGAAUACAGUUGGGAUGAAGGCGAAGGUGAAGAAGAAGAUGAAUACGUGCCUAAGUAUAAUACAUUUUAUGGUAAAUAAGCAACUUUACCACAUUAUAACAAAUUAUUUGUAUACAUAAUUCCGUAAUUCGUAUAAUAAUUUACCAACACAGUAUAUCCGAACGCGCCAAAUUGCAACCAAAAAUGUUUGGAACCGUUACCGAAGACGGCUAUCUUUAAUACCCGUGCACGUUUAUAACGUUGGCCCCAACCGUUUCCGUAGGUCGUUCCUGUGUUCGUCAAAGAGGGCAACACCGUGCACAUCACGAUGAACCACUACGACCAAACGCUGUGGGGCCUGAUCGCCCAUUACGCCCGGCUCGCGGACGGCAACCAGGAGAUAUCGUUCAAGCUCAGCCAUUCGAACCGGGAACGGAACAUCACCAUCACCAAUGGUUACUGGCGGCUGUUGCGGUUCGAGGGAUCGUUCAUACUGCCGUCCCGCAAGUCCGGGGCCCUACACGCGCCACCGCCGCUACACGGGCAGGCCACCGUGUCCUGGGGAUACCAUGGUUCGGCCACCACGAUGAUCAUGUCCAUCAAACCGGAGAACGCGCGCGAGGUGUGGCCCGAACAGUGCGUCAUCGACUCGCCCACCUGCUUGCAGACCGCCAGCGACAUAUCCACCAGCCAGAUUAUUUCGCUUCAGUUCGUCAACGUGAGUGUACAAAAUAAUAAUUGGCGUCCCUGUACUUACGGUUAGACUCGACCGGUGUGACAGGCAAAAAUUACCUAUUUCCGGCAGUAGCAUAUUCCGAAGAGCAAGAUUUUACUGGCCUAACAGGCGAUUGUUACCCCCGUUUUUGGGAUAAAUGUUUUUGAAAAACCUUAAUCGUAAAUUUGAUUUUAUAUUAUAAGUACGUUAUUAAGCUAUUGUAACAAUGGUGUGUGUUUAACGGCGGGAUUAGAUUAAGCCUCUCUGUAAUAAAUCAUUAUAUCAGUUAUUAUAAGCCUCAGAUUACAAAAAUGUACAAUUACACAAUCAUAUUACUUAGGUAUCAAAAUUAGAGUUAUUAAAGGAGGGACAUUUUUUAUGAAAAGCACACACCUACAUGACUACAUAAGUAGGCCUAUAUUAAAUAAUUUAUGUUUGUUUUGAGCAACAUUGAUUUUAUAAUUUAUAUUUAUUAGGUAAUAUUAUCAAUGGAAAUCCAUAAAUAACAUAACAUUAUUUAAGACCUUUAUAUUAUCUUUACAACUUAGAUAGCGAUUUAAAAAAAUGUAAAAUCUUAAAAUAGGUUUACUGUAAAAUUUGAUAUUUUCGACAAAACUUUUUACAACUUAGUCAUCAAUAAGAAAAUGAUAAUUUAAAACAUUGUUAUUAAUAUUAUUAUAAAUGAACUCUGAAAAAAAUAAAAAAUUAAAUGGCGUUGACAACUAGUCCUAGAUCUAUGAUGACCAGAUGUACUCUUUUUCAUAAGACUUUUUUGAUGCAUUAUCCAAUAUCCUAAACAAUAGUAUUAAGUACAUGAAAUUGUACUCUUUUUUUGAAAAUAUUAUGGGCUAACCGGUUAAUAGAUGUUUAUGAUUUUGUAUAAUUUGAUUAUUAAUUUCUAUUUUAUAGUUCAACCUUUGACCUAAUGCAUUUCAAACGUCAGCAAAUAACUGACAACAGUAGUGACACCCGGAGAACCAUUGUUUGACGAAAAAACACCUUAUUAACAUUAAAACUACCAAUUAUUAUAGUUUUACCUAGUUUUUAUAACUGAUAAUACUAUAAUAGAAAAAAUAAUACUUAAUAGAGUAAUCUGGUAAAAAAAAAAUGUUUAUAGAAGAAGAUGAGCUAUGAGCGAAAUGGGUAGAAUACUAUAAACAUUGGUCAAUUCUUUCAAGGAAUGGGAAUUUUUUUAUAACAAACUAAAUUAUAAAAUGUACUUUUUUGGAUUUUCAUAUCUGGUCACCAUACCUAGAUUACACUAUAAAAACUAAUAUAUUAUUGUAUUACCGUGUAACCUCUUUCAAAAUUUUAGUUGCCCAGUUGGAUGAUAAUCACAAUGCAUUCACUGUUUUCCGAUUUCGUGAUCGACGAGGGCAAUUUGACCACAGUGAAGUUUACAUUUCCAACAAAACUUCCUUGGACGACAAGAGGUUUUUUUCUUUAAAAUUUAUUUGAAAAAAAAUUAUAAUAAAAUAUAUAUUUUUUCCCAUAGGAAUUUGUGCGGUGAAUUCCGUAACAGCGUUGAGUUUGGACAAUUCAACUACUCACAAUUUCAAGCUAAAUCAAGACUGCUACACAAUAGCGUUAGCUGAUUGUUCACCGUCAGCAAGUUUUAUUGUAGGCAUCAAAAUGAACAGUGUUAAUUCCACUUUGGUGAGUUAAAAGAUGUUAAAUGUAUAGAAUAACAUACCAAGUUCCUAAUUUUAUAAUUUUGAGUAGAGUGUGCGCAUAUUGACUCUCAACAGUGUAAUGGACAUGAUACAAGAAAAUUCAAACAUAAGAAUAUUGAUUAACGGUACAGAAAUUGAAGUCACUCCGGCUGGAGUUCAAUAUCCUAAAGCUAAAGACGAUUCAUUUAUUUAUAGGUGUGUGUUAAUUUUUUUAUUUUUCCUCAGUACACAAAAUCAAAACAAUUAACAACUAUUAAUACAAAAUUGCAUUUUAAUUUUAGAGCGAAAAAAUGGCACGAAGAAAUGACCGAUCUUGAAAUUAUUUCUGGAAUCACCGUUCAACACUAUGGCCAUACAGUGAUUAUGUUAGUAGAAAGUAAACUACGCGGAGUCACUUGCGGUUUAUGUGGAAAUUUCAACAGCGAAUCUAGUGACGAAUUAAACGAGACACCGAAAUGUAUACAAUUGUAAAAUAAAAAAAAAUAUAUGGACUUAUUGAAAAUA